AUGGGUUCAGAAAGAAGGAAAGCAUUACCAUUCAAAGCCAAAAUGCCAGAUACUGCCAACAUAUCAAGACUUCUGAAUGAACUUCCCGCCUGCUUCAGGGUUACUUUGCAAGGAAAGUUUGGCCACAUUUUGGAUCUUCUCUCAGUGGAUGUUCAAACACCAGCCAUCACUGCUUUAGCUCAGUUCUAUGAUCCUCCGCUUCGAAGUUUCUUGUUCCAAGACUUUCAGUUGACUCCAACCUUGGAGGAAUUCGACCGGCUCUUGGGAUUCUCUAUGAAAGGAAGGACACUGUAUAAUAGGAUUGGUCAGGUACCCGAGGUAGAGAUGCUAGCCCUUGCACUCCACAUCCCCAUAUCUGAUGCAUUGGCUAAUUGGAAGAAAAGGGAGAAUCUCUUUGGUUUUUGGAGGGCUUACCUAGAAGAAGAAGCAGAAAGGUUGUUUGAGAUACAUCAAUGGGAUGCAUUGGCAAAUAUGCUAGCUCUUCUCAUAUAUGGGCUAGUAUUGUUCCCAACCCACGAAGGUUUUAUAGAUUCAGCUGCCAUAAGUAUCUUUUGGGCCGUUUGGAAGGAUAAACAAAGUUUGGUUCCUCCGCAACUAGCUGACACUUUCCAUACUUUGCAUACUCGACAUCAAAGGAAGAAUGGAAUGCUGAUAUGUUGCCUUCCAUUGCUCUAUAAUUGGCUUAUCUCAUAUGUGUUUAAGCCUGAUGCUCACAUCAGUGAGAUGUCCAGUGGGGAGUGGGCAAGAACUCUGGUGUCUUUGACUAGUAAGGAUAUCAUUUGGUACUGA